AUGUGUCCCACCUCUCAGGAGGCCAUGUGUCCCACCUCUCAGGAGGCCAUGUGUCCCACCUCUCAGGAGGCCAUGUGUCCCACCUCUCAGGAGACCAUGUGUCCCACCUCUCAGGCCAUGUGUCCCACCUCUCAGGAGGCCAGCGGCGCCCACCGUGGGUCACUGGUGUCGCGGCGCCCACCGUGGGUCACUGGUGUAGCGGCGCCCACCGUGGGUCACUGGUGUCGCGGUGGCGCUGACGGUCAUGCUACGACGCCUCACCUCCCGCUACGACGCCUCACCGCCUGCUACGACGCCUCACCUCCCGCUACGACGCCUCACCGCCUGCUACGACGCCUCACCUCCCGCUACGACGCCUCACCGCCUGCUACGACGCCUCACCGCCCGCUACCACGCCUCACCGCCUGCUACGACGCCUCACCGCCCGCUACCACGCCUCACCGCCCGCUACCACGCCUCACCGCCCGCUACGACGCCUCACCGCCUGCUACCACGCCUCACCUCCCGCUACGACGCCUCACCUCCCGCUACCACGCCUCACCUCCCGCUACGACGCCUCACCUCCCGCUACCACGCCUCACCUCCCGCUACGACGCCUCACCGCCCGCUACCACGCCUCACCGCCUGCUACGACGCCUCACCUCCCGCUACCACGCCUCACCUCCCGCUACCACGCCUCACCUCCCGCUACCACGCCUCACCUCCCGCUACCACGCCUCACCUCCCGCUACCACGCCUCACCGCCUGCUACGACGCCUCACCGCCCGCUACCACGCCUCACCUCCCGCUACCACGCCUCACCUCCCGCUACGACGCCUCACCUCCCGCUACCACGCCUCACCUCCCGCUACCACGCCUCACCUCCCGCUACCACGCCUCACCUCCCGCUACGACGCCUCACCUCCCGCUACCACGCCUCACCUCCCGCUACGACGCCUCACCUCCCGCUACCACGCCUCACCUCCCGCUACGACGCCUCACCGCCCGCUACCACGCCUCACCGCCUGCUACGACGCCUCACCUCCCGCUACCACGCCUCACCUCCCGCUACCACGCCUCACCUCCCGCUACCACGCCUCACCGCCCGCUACCACGCCUCACCGCCCGCUACGACGCCUCACCUCCCGCUACCACGCCUCACCGCCUGCUACGACGCCUCACCGCCCGCUACGACGCCUCACCUCCCGCUACCACGCCUCACCUCCCGCUACCACGCCUCACCUCCCGCUACCACGCCUCACCGCCCGCUACCACGCCUCACCGCCCGCUACGACGCCUCACCUCCCGCUACCACGCCUCACCUCCCGCUACGACGCCUCACCGCCUGCUACCACGCCUCACCUCCCGCUACGACGCCUCACCUCCCGCUACCACGCCUCACCUCCCGCUACCACGCCUCACCGCCUGCUACCACGCCUCACCGCCUGCUACGACGCCUCACCUCCCGCUACCACGCCUCACCGCCUGCUACGACGCCUCACCGCCCGCUACCACGCCUCACCGCCUGCUACGACGCCUCACCUCCCGCUACCACGCCUCACCUCCCGCUACCACGCCUCACCGCCCGCUACCACGCCUCACCGCCCGCUACCACGCCUCACCUCCCGCUACCACGCCUCACCGCCUGCUACGACGCCUCACCUCCCGCUACGACGCCUCACCGCCCGCUACGACGCCUCACCUCCCGCUACCACGCCUCACCGCCCGCUACGACGCCUCACCUCCCGCUACGACGCCUCACCGCCUGCUACGACGCCUCACCUCCCGCUACCACGCCUCACCGCCCGCUACGACGCCUCACCGCCCGCUACCACGCCUCACCGCCCGCUACCACGCCUCACCUCCCGCUACCACGCCUCACCGCCUGCUACGACGCCUCACCGCCCGCUACCACGCCUCACCGCCUGCUACGACGCCUCACCGCCCGCUACCACGCCUCACCGCCUGCUACGACGCCUCACCGCCCGCUACCACGCCUCACCGCCCGCUACGACGCCUCACCGCCCGCUACCACGCCUCACCGCCCGCUACCACGCCUCACCUCCCGCUACCACGCCUCACCGCCUGCUACGACGCCUCACCGCCCGCUACCACGCCUCACCGCCUGCUACGACGCCUCACCGCCCGCUACCACGCCUCACCGCCUGCUACGACGCCUCACCGCCCGCUACCACGCCUCACCUCCCGCUACCACGCCUCACCGCCUGCUACGACGCCUCACCGCCCGCUACCACGCCUCACCGCCUGCUACGACGCCUCACCGCCCGCUACCACGCCUCACCUCCCGCUACCACGCCUCACCGCCUGCUACGACGCCUCACCGCCUGCUACGACGCCUCACCGCCCGCUACGACGCCUCACCGCCCGCUACGACGCCUCACCGCCCGCUACCACGCCUCACCUCCCGCUACCACGCCUCACCUCCCGCUACGACGCCUCACCGCCCGCUACGACGCCUCACCGCCCGCUACGACGCCUCACCGCCCGCUACCACGCCUCACCGCCCGCUACGACGCCUCACCUCCCGCCAUAACAAUAGCUUGGCCGUGUAUGGUGAUCAAAUGGUUGGCGGAGCAGGUUAGAUUACCUCCAUAUAAGGCACAAGUAGUGUGUGAAGCUGAUACCCCUGGGCUGGACACUAGUAUUGUCAUUAAUGGUGAAGUGAAGGGAUACCAGACUAUUAAGGGCACUAGGUCUAAAGGAGGCAUAGAGAACGCUAAGCCCAUUAUCAUGUCGCCAGGAACCAUUAAUACACAAGAGGGAUGA